ACCAACAGCUCUCAUUGUGUGAAAGCAGCAACUCCGACAAAUCCUUCCUCCAUUCAAACAAAGUCUUGGAUUUCAAUGGCAUGUUGAACGUUGUCAUCUGAAAUAGGUUUUUGUAGGUGCUUCCGAGGCGCUGAUGUUUAGUGCCGUUUUAAUAGUUCAAGACAUGGCCAUGAAAACUUGGAUGUCGGGUACACAGUGUGUUGCCAAAAAGGAGUACUGCAAACCAAAAGUCGGUGAAAUACCAUAUCAGAAAGCAGAUGUCCUAACAAUCGUGGGGCCAGGAAUGAGGAAAGGAGAGUACAUAGUAAGACAUAACACAACCGGAGAAGAAGGAUUGGCCUUGGGUUCGAACCUCAGAGAAAGGGAGGCCCUCCGUAUAGACCCGAAACUCAGUUUAAUGCCCUGGUUUCAUGGAAAGAUCUCAGGGCAACAGGCUGUCAGCAAACUCAGGCCCAUGGAAGACGGUCUAUUCCUGGUUCGAGAGUCCAUUCGGCACCCUGGUGAUUUCGUACUCUGCGUUUGCUUCAAACAGCACGUCUUUCACUACCGAGUCAUCUUCCAAAACAGCAAACUGACCAUUGACAACAAAGAAUUCUUCUACAACCUCAUCGACAUGAUAGAGUUUUACAGCAGAAAUAAAAGUGCCAUCGCUACGAUUCUGCAAAAACCCAAAAAGAAAGAGGGCACAAAAUCUGCAGAGACGGAACUAUUAAAAUCCGGUUGGUUACUGGAUCUCUCAAAGCUGACUUUAGGAGAGGCCAUUGGAGAGGGGGAGUUUGGUGCUGUAUUUGAGGGCGAGUAUGCAGGCCGGAGGGUCGCCGUUAAAAACAUUAAAUGUGAUGUAACUGCUCAGGCCUUCCUCGAAGAGACAUCAGUUAUGACAAAUCUCCAUCAUAAAAAUCUUGUACAGUUAUUAGGUGUGAUUCUUCACAAUGGACUUCACAUCAUAACAGAACUCAUGACAAAGGGGAAUCUGGUGAAUUUUCUUCGCACACGUGGACGUUUUGCUGUUAGUUCGACUCAGCUGUUGCGCUUUGCACUAGAUGUUUGUGAAGGUAUGGAACACCUGGAAUCAAAGAAGCUUCUCCACAGAGAUCUUGCCGGACGAAAUAUUCUCGUGUCUGAGGACGUUGUUGCUAAAGUCAGUGAUUUCGGUCUGGCGAAGAUCAGCUCCAAGGCAACAGACAACUCCAAGUUACCCGUCAAGUGGACGGCACCUGAAGCUUUAAAUAACAAGAAAUUCUCCACUCAUUCAGACGUUUGGAGUUAUGGAGUUCUUCUGUGGGAAAUCUUUUCAUAUGGCAGGCAGCCAUACCCCAAGAUGUCGGUGAGUGAAGUGAGGGAGUGUGUGGAUCAGGGUUACCGUAUGGAGCCGCCCGAUGAAUGUCCACCUGACAUCUACAUCAUCAUGAUAUCCUGCUGGAACACAGAACCCAAGAAGAGACCAUCAUUCCACAAACUCCGAGACAGACUCGAGAAAGAGCUCGCGAAAAGUGGCCCAUGACACACAGUGCUUUGUGUGUGUAAAUGUGUAAAUGAUUGCGGUUUAAGUUCAUGAGGUUUACCUUUUUAAGAUGACAAAGUUCACAUUGAAUUGCACGUCUUCGCAUGUGUAUAAUGUAGUUUUAUUUCAAUCACACUGUAUAUUAAUGUGGAUUUAUUUGCUUUAUUUCAUUGUUGAAAAAGGGUAAAUGGAAUGCAUCAUAAAAAUAUGUCCAGGUCACAUUUUACCACAAAAUAAUAAUAUAAUAAUAAUAAUAAUAAUAAAAAUAAAACAGUAUUAUUCAUGGAGAAUUAAAAGGAUAGUUCACCCACAAAUGAAAAUUGUCAUCAAAUUGAGCUUAGUUGAAAUGAAAAUAAUGACAAUAAUUAAUUAUAAUUUAAAAAAAUAAUUAUAAUAAUUGAUGGACCUUAAUUUUCUUUGUUCACUGUGAUUUUGGGGUGAUAAGUGACCCGGACAUGUUCUUGACAGGUUUGGUGAGAUUCACAAAUACGAGUCAAUUAUACAUAAUGAGAUCAAACUGGUGAAGAAGAGAUCAUGGAAAUUGGUGAUUGGAAAUUCCCUAGAUAUAUUUUGAAUGUUACUUAUAACGCUAAUGUUUUACAUGCUUAAGGUUUUACAGCGAGUGCAAAUAUAUUUAUUUAUUGUAACAACAGUAAUAAAUGCAUCACCAGGAAAUUGAUUUUCUUCAGGAAAUCUUCUAUUCUAACCAUCUUAACCUGCCUAUUCUAACUUUCUUAAGAAUAGAAAUAAUGGAAUGGGGGGAUGUUUAUCCGGGAUCAGCCGUAUGUGCUUGUUUUGUGCUGUAAGUUUCCAGCAUUAUGCCCUGCAACUCAAAGGUUAACACAGAAAAUCUUGAAUGUUAUUGCUGAUAUGAUUAAGGAAUUAAAAUGACUACUGUGGAGAGGCUUUUGAAACUUACACAGAACUGGCAACAUCCUCUUUCCUUCUGGUUUAAUCUGUUGUGGUUUUAUCAGUCAACGUCCAAGAAGGAAUUUACGAAACAUCACGACCAGACCAAGAUUUCCAUGUAAACUUCUUUAUUUUUUAUUACAAACCAUUCCCAUUGCUGACGCAGUGUGGUGGAAAGCGGCUAUUAUUUCAUCCAUUUCCAUCCAUCCAUUCACUAUAGCAACCACUUACUGGAGUAAUUUAUUUGAUCUUGUUUACAUUUACAUUUCUAAAUGUUACCAUUAAUUUGCAUUAUGCAUCAUAAAUAUAUGAAACUUUAGUACAGUAAAAACCUACACUUAUAUAAGUUGAAACAUUAAGAAAAUAUGAGAAUGUGACAUAUAUUGGAGGCAGAUUGCUGGCGAACAAAAUAUAAAUAACAUGACUUGAAAAUCAUGUCAUGACAAGAAUAGCCAGUAGAUGGCGGCAGUGUUCAAGUCUGAUGGCUUGUAACCUAAUUUUAUUCAUGCAUUUGGAUAUAUAUAUAUAUUUAGACAUUAUCAAACUAUUAUUUGUGAAAGUUUAGCAUUUUAAAAUUUGAUUUGAAGUGUUAACAGAAAUUAACUGCAAAAUUGUGAAAAUUCGAUUAGAGUAUAAAACAGAUGAAUCAGAGUAAACUUGCAAUUUCAAACUUUCUAUAGUAAACAUUUAUUUCGCAAACAUUUUCAAGUCAGUAAGAUAAACAGCAAUAAUGAACGGCAAUAAAUGCAUAAAAAAGAACAAACAGUAAACGAUGAUGCUUUAUGCUUUCAUGUGUUCAUGGCGGUGUGUAGUUAUGAUGGUAUGUACCUUUCAGAUGAAUUUUUAUGCACACCAUGCUAGUUUUAAUAUCUUUUGGGAGACAGUCCGCACACCUUUAUUUCUGUGUGUGUGUGUGUGUGUGUGUGCUGUUUUAGUCUCACCCAUUUAUCUCUCUCUCUCUCUUUGUGUUUGUUAUUGUCUCACCCCCUCAUUUCUGAGUGUGUGUCUUUAGCAUUGUGGCUGAUUUAUUGGUUUUAUUUAACAAAUGAAACUCUGGAUGUUUUAUAGUCUUACCCUUUAAUUUAUCUGUGUGUUUUUUCUGCAUUGCGGCUGAUAUAUUGAUUGUAUUUGACAGAAAAUGAUUGCUCUGUUAUGGUCUUUCCCAUUCAUUUGCAAUGGUUGGUCAAUUUUGAUCUCGAAGACAAAAGGUGUCGCUUUUUUUCCAGCCACUUAGACUUAUCGAACCAUGCCCAAUUAUUGAUUUAUUUAUUGUAUAUUCGGAUGGCAAGUGGAAGAAAAUUCACCAAGUCUUGUAUCGCUCAGAUAAAGGAAACCAUUUUUAUUAUAUCAGCAAAAGUGAUUACGGUCAAAAAUGACCGAAGACCACAGGAGAUUUAAUCAAGGCCUUUUUUUGACUGUUGACACAGUGCAGACAAAAUAGAGGAUGUCAUUAGUUUUAUGGCUUAGUAAACCAGGUAUUUAUCUCUUACCCAAGAGACUGUCCACAGAUUGAAUCUGGCUCUCCUUUUUUAUUGCCACAGUCUUCUGUGGAUUUACUGUUUAAGCCUCAAAUAGGAUGAUGUGCAAUUCUUGAAGAAAUAAUGAAAACUGGACAAUUUCCAACAUAUUCGAUGAUUUGAAAGUCUUCUAACCUGUGCCGGGAUGUUGAGGUCUAUUGGUGUAAACAAGCAGAAUGUGAUUUGGUAGUGAGUCAGUUACACAAGGAAAAGUAAUGAAAUGGUAUUGCUCAUACGUAAAGUUAGUAAAUCAAACACCCAACCAUAAGUGUAAACGUUCAAUGUGUAACUCGUCUCGCACCGUUUGUCCUGUGUGUGCUUUUACAUUUCUAAAUGAUCUGACUAAUGAUGAUAAAUUGG